AUUCGUUAGUCAUUGUGCUGAAUUCGAGCUCAUUGAAACGAACGAACGCAUAACGAGAACAAAUAUUUUUUUAUUUUUAACAUUUUUUUUACAUUUUAACUAUUCAUAACUUGCCAUGUUUUUUAUAUAAACUAAAAUAAAUUCUUUAAAAUAAAAACCGAAUAAUGGCAACCGAAACCCGAGGAUCACGGUAUCAAAAUAUCGGAGUUAGCGCAAAUAAUAUUUCAAGUGAUACAAUUGAUUGUGGAAUUACAAAACUUGGAUGGUGUCGUGGUGCAAAGUGCCAAGAAUUUGCUUCAUUAAAAUGGUUUGUUAUCAUUUUGUCCAUUGGUGGAUUGCUACAAGGUGCUGUCAUAUCUUACUUUCGGAUAUCAGCUAAGCAAGCAGCAAUCGAGUAUGAAUAUGACUCAUUAAUUGUUGAUUGGCUUCUGGUAAGCAAUGGUCUAUUUCAAGCGAUAUGUGCACUUUUAUUUGCUCAUAUGUCUCACAAAUAUCAUCCAAUAAGUUGGUUAGGAGGAUUCACAAUAAUUCAAGGACUUGUUUGCGUUGUUGCAAUUAUUCCAGCCAUUUUAACUGCACAAUCAGAGACUAUAACUCCAGCAAUAAAUGAAAAUCCUCUAUGCACUCAAACUUUACCUCCAAUUGAAUCAAGCCGAUUAACUUUAGAUCCCGAUCAAAGUAAAUUGGGAACUCUAAUUCUAUUGUUUGUUCUACAAUUCUUCAUUGGAAUGGGUAAUUUGGCAUUUUUCGUCAUCGGCAUAACUUACAUCGAUGACAAUUCCCAAUCGAUUGAUAGUCCAGCAGUGAUAGGAGCUGCUUUAUGUGCCAGCAUAGCCGGCCUUCAAGUUGGCUAUUUCAUAACAAUGGUGGUUUCAGUAACUUUUGCAAACUGGUGGUUUGGUUGGACCAUAUUGGGACCAUUAAUCUUUGUUGCUGGUAUUUUACUUGGACUAUUUCCACGGCGUUUGGUCAAGACAGUUGUGCAUCAUACUGCCCAAAGGAUUAUCGAAGAAUCUGGCGAUCGUAAUUUUGGUAGCCGGAUGUCAACUUUCAUAGAUGACACAGGAUAUUUUGCAUCGCUUAAGCGAAUAAUGACAAAUAAGUUGCUCAUAUUUAAUACUUUGAGUUUGACAUUCAUUCUUGGAGCAUAUUUCAACUAUUCUGCUCAGGAGGAGAAAUACAUUUCUUCGAGAUUCUAUAUUCCGUUUAGUGAAGAAAAUGGUUUAAUGGACGAAUGGAAUUUGAGAUUCGUUUCAUAUUUUCUGAUGCCACCUGUUGCUGGAAUUGCUGUUUUAGUUUCGGGUUUAAUUAUAUCAAAGCUUAAGCUUUCAGCGAGAGCAAUCACAGCGAAGAACAUUAUUUUUGGAAUUUUUUUGGUUGGAAUCUUUGCUGGAAUGGUAUAUGUUCGAUGUGAUGUUGGGCCAAUUGCUGGUUUUGCUAAUGGAAAGCUUACUCAGCCGUACUGCUCGAAGCAGUGUAUCUGCUCUCCAACAACGUUUUUACCAGUUUGUCCAGAAAACAGUACAAUCACUUAUUUUUCACCGUGUUAUGCCGGAUGUGAAAGAGAGUCUUUUAUUAAUGAGAUUGCAUUAUAUGAAGGAUGUACAUGUGGAAUGGAUACAGAAACAAGUUGGAAGCAAGUGAGAGCUACAGCUGGAGCUUGUUAUCAAAAUAACUGCAAUCGAAUGUGGAUUUUGUUUCAAGUCUCCAGUGUAAGUGUGGCUUCGAUGCUUGCAACAACUAUUGUUGGAAAGCUGUUGAUAAGUUUAAGAAGUGUUUUGCCACAGGAUAAAGCAUUGGCAUUGGCUAUGAAAGUGCUAUUCGUGGGAUUAUUUUCAUUUGUACCAGGAAAACUUGGAUAUGAUUUAAUUUCAAGUAAAACUUGUAUCUAUUGGACACAAAACUACGUCCAGUGCUUACUUCGUGAAACACCAUUGCAUGGAAAUAUUCUCAAUAUCUUAACAGCUGGUCUUAUUUUACUAGGAGUUAUUUGUGACAUUCUUGUCUUUAUUUUUGCCAAAGACUUAAAUGUCUACAAUUGCAAAGUCACUGAUCCUGAUUAUAAUCCAUCAGCUCCAACCACCGAGACAACAUUAAAUGUACCUUCUUCACCGCUAUAUUCUCCAGUGCCAUCAAAUGAAGUCUACCAAUCACAACCAUUAAGACAAUUAAGGCCAGCACCAAAACCAUUUGUAUUCAGAUCACCGAGCAAUGUGACACAAUCAUCGGCAUCAGAUACAAAUUCCAACCAACCAGCAUCUGUAAAUGGUAUUACUUAUGCUAAAGUGGCAUUCCCACCACAAAGAAGCAUUUCCCCUACCGAAGAUGAAAAUUUGGACUUUAGAAUGUUGCCAGUACAAUCGGAUGUUCCCCAACAUCAUGUGUCCCAACAAGAUGUUAGAGCUCAGUUAGGGAGUCUGAAGUCAUUCAAUCCAACUAAUGGAAAAUCAGCAAUAAUUAGCAAAUCACAAACGGGCAUCGAUGACAUUAGACCAAAGAGUCCUGAAACUGAUUUUUAGUUUAGUAUCUAUUUCAUUUUAGUUUUAAGUAAUUUUCAUUUGAAUUUUAGUUUUAAAGCUAGUGUAUCAUGUUCAUUGUUUAAAAUCAAUAAAACAUCAAUGUGAUCAUAAA